UAAACAAACUAGGAUUUAGUUUAUUCAGACUACCAAACACCAUCUUAUCUUCACCAGCACUUAACCCCUCCUCUUCAAUCUCAAACAGAGCGUGAGCAGAGUCAGCCUCAAAUAGUACUCAUCCCUCAAAAGGAAAAAAAGAAGAAAAGAAAUUGUAAAGAAAAAAAAUCAAUCAGAUGACGAAGGCGAAGAAAGAAUUGCUAUCGAAAGCACCAUGGAGAGGCGAAGACGACGAUGAAUCCAAUAAAUUCAAAGACGCAAAACUCAAAGUCACCAGCCAACCUGGUUCCACGCCUACUAUGCACGUCCCUCGUAAGAAGAGCCAACGUUUUGACGAUGAAGACGACGAUGAUCAAGCCCUCGAAAUCGACCCAGAACUUCGUUACAGUUUCCAGCGCAACUUUCAGUUUCUUCAAAGGGUGUUUAGUAUUGAUACUGUGGUGAAGCCUCUUCCUCCGGCUAUGGCGUAUAAUGUUUCUCGAAAUUUGAGCUUUUUUACGCGUAUCUUUACGCAGUUCUUUGAUCCUGAAGGUAUUGCAAAUGCGCAGAAAUCUCUUGGGUUAGGACAGGAAGAAAAAGCUCGGCGUGUCCGUUGAGAACUGACAUUCUAGCAUACUUUUGCUAUGUAAUUUUGAUUGUAUCUGGAUCUUUGUUUUGUCAAGAAUUGUUAUGCAUGACCUACCUUUUCUAAAUCAGAAUUUCUAUCUUGUCCAA